AUGGCUAACUCCGGAAACACACGGAUUUAUCACUUGAAGGCCUUCCGAGAGCUACGAAUAGUGACCCUGGAAAAGUAUACCAAAUUUGACGAAGAGGAUGAAGAAGAAUGCGUUAAAGUUCGUUUAUUACCCAGCGGAAGAGGUGUAGGACACAAAAACGAGUACAACAGCAGUGGCAAUGGCGACUUCCCAAGCACGGCGGAAAUAUUUGGAAAAGAGUUAAUUAUUGAUAAGGAGUACAAAUUUGGGUGUAACAGAAAAUUUGCCAUCUAUACAUUCACAGGAUGCACAAUUCAGAUAAAAGGUCGAACUCUGCAGGAGUAUGAAAGUGGGAACAGCACAAUGAGGGAUUACUUAUCCUUAUCGUAUAUUCUGGAUGCCUACAGAAAGUUGGCAAAGAAGAAGAAAAAAAUUGGACCCAGAGUUCUCAUUACAGGAAAUAACAACUCAGGAAAAAGUUCCGUCUCGUUGAUACUCCUCAAUUAUGCAUUAAAGUCAGGAUUCAAACCGAUCUUUAUUGAAGCAGAUACCAAGUGUACCUGUGACAAGGUCGAAUUGAAUAGGGGGCCUGGGAUUAUGAGUUCCUUUGUUUACGACCCAAUGAAUCGGAUGAAGUAUGCACUGGAUUACUACUUUGGCUACCUCGACCUGAAUGAAGACAUCAAUCUGUACUAUCACUUAAAUGAGUGCAUAAGCAGCUGCGUUCACCUGAUGCUGCUGAACAAUCUGAACUGCGUCUCGUGUGGCGUCAAAUCGGAUGCCGAGCAGGAGAGCAUUUACGCCGCGGGGUUCAUUUUAAACGUUCCCUCCGAGGCCGAUCACCUAGUCAUUAAGAACCUGAUUGAAAUAUACGGCAUAAACAUCGUCGUCGUGAUUGACAACGCCUUUUUGCACUACUCGCUGAAGGACCAGUAUGGGGACGAGUUUUCUAGGCUCGGCGCGGACCGGGGGCGCGACUAUGGCGGUGACUACGACAGAGACUACAACCGUGACUACGAGCGGGACUACCGCUAUCAUUCCCGGAGGGACCCCCUGGCCGAGACACGCCAUAAGCCAACCUCUCUGUCCGCUGUGUCCCCCGCGGAUAAACAGCGAAACGACAACAACGACACGGAUGAUCCAGUCGACCCAGUCGAAAUUGUAGGCAUGCCCAAGUACGAAGGAGUGAUCCCAUCAGAUAAUAACCGAGUAAGGUACUGCAAAAAUCUGUGGUACUAUGAAUAUUUUACGAAAGAUAUUAUAGUGACGAAGAACGUCCACAGAAAGAGCCACGUCAUUUCGUUUAAGUAUAGUCAUACUAGGUUCAUUAAGCUAGACACAAACUUGGCUGUGCCUUUGUCAGCAUUACCAGCGGAUGCGAGGAACAUACAGAGGGAAAACGUAACGGUUAGUUUGUAUAAUGGGAAUAUUAGCAACCUGACGCACUGCAUUUUGGGAGUCUCCUACUCGAAAGACCUUCAUUAUGUGCAUCUGAUGAACAUAGCUGCGUUCGUGCAUGUGCAGAGUGUGCGUCUCUUCGAAUCGGAGGUGGGUGAAGAUACGGGGAGGAGUGAGAAGGGCGCGGAUGCAGCGCAGGGCAGUGCGGAGGCGCAGAACGACUACUUGAUAGAAAUUCUCUGCCCCCUGUCCGUCACCACGAAGAACCUCCCGCCCUACUUUGUCGUCCCAGGCAAUGCCAAGCAAAUGAAGUUUUAG